UUGUUAGUAACAAAUAUGGCGGCUGAAGAUGAUUCUGACAUUCCUGAAAAUGGAGCUGUAUUUACAUUUGGUAAAAGCAAAUUCGCAGAUAAUCUUCCAAACAAAUUUUGGGUCAGAAAUGACCAAGUCGGGGAUGUAGCUUGUGGGGAUGAACACACUGCAUUAGUGGCAGAAAGCGGACGGGUGUUCACCUUUGGGACAAAUGACUGGGGACAGCUUGGACUUGGGUCCAGUAAAACUGCUGACAGACCAAGCUGUAUCAAAUCUUUGAAGAGUGAGAAAGUCAAGUUGGUAGCAUGUGGAAGGUCACAUACAGUAGUUGCGACAGAAUCUGGAAAGAUCUUCUCCUUUGGUAACAAUGGAGAGGGCCAGCUAGGGGUGGAGGAUUCACCUGCCAGUAAUGUCCCCAAGUGUAUUGACAGCCUGGUUACACAGCAGUACAAACAGCUGGCUGCGGGCACAGACCACUCUGUGGCACUCACAGAGGAGGGUGCAGUGUAUGUGUGGGGUGGAGGCAGUGAGGGUCAGCUGGGACUGGGAGGUCGCACAGAGUGUCUCGACCCUGAGGAACUGAUGAUUGAGGAUGUUGUCACUUGCAUAUCCUGCGGGUACUACCACACAGCUUUAGUAACAGAAUCCGGCGGCCUUUACACAUUUGGUGAAAGUGAAGGCGGCAAGUUGGGACUAGGAGAUGACCCUGAUGAGACGGACACACCCCAGAGGGUGGAAAUACCGGAGGAUAUUACUGCUGUAGCUUGUGGGGGAUCACAUACUGUAGCACUCACAGCCAGUGGCAAUGUAUACACAUUUGGUGAUGGACCAAGCGGUCAACUGGGACAUGGUACUCAUUGUCUUCAAAUAUCUACGCCAAAGAAACUCAACAUUAAAUUCAAAGUGUCAGCCAUUGCGUGCGGGGAGAAUCAUACAGCUUUAGUAUCAGACAAAGGGCAGCUGUAUACAUGUGGGGACGGCAGGCAUGGAAAGCUGGCCCUAGGGCAGGAGAGUUUUUCAAACGUGUUUGUCCCUCAGAGAGUUAAACGAUUCUCAAAGUUUACUGUCGAAAAGGUGUCAUGCGGUGGAUGUCACAUGAUCUGUCUUGCCAAGCUGCGGCCGGGGAACUCUCCAGUGUCAGACUCCGAGGAGGAGACGAUAGGCGACUCCACGAAGAUCAACGGCCUGCUCAAUCAUAGUCUGAGGCCGGACAACUCCAUCGACCUCAACAACAGCGUCACCGCAAGAGAUCGACGAAGAAAGAACCAUGACUCAUUCAAGAAUGAUUUGAAUCGAACAUUGCCAGCAUUGGCGGGGGCAGAAAAACUUACCAGCGAACAUUUACACCAAACUGUGCCGGCAGUAAAAUCUCGGAAAUUGGAAUCUACUCAAAUUUCAAAGCAAAUAGGUGCUGGUGACGUAGGUAGCAUGGAGAAAGAAGUCAUUGAGGAGUCUAUCAAAGCGGUUACUAAUCAGCAUGAAAGCUCCUCCCCCAGGGCCAUGCCCCGCCCUCCACCCCGAAAACAAUCGGAUCCAGUAAAAGAGACAAAGAAAGAAGAAGAAAGUUCAGAAGAGGAAGAAGAUGAAGAAAUGAAUGAAACAUCAACAAUGGAAGUACACAAGGCCCCAGCACUACCAGCAAGAGCCCUACCAAAGCUGAAACACGAGUCAGAAAGUGAGGAGGAGGACGAGGAGGAGGAGGAGGGGGAUAAAGACAAGAAACAAGCCAGAAAACAACCUCCAAUACCUCCACAACGAAAACAAAAGCCAGAGAGCAAAGGCGUGGGAAUAUUUGGUCGCAAAAAGACAGGAAUUUCUGAUGAUGAAGAGGAUGAUGAUGAUGAAGAAGAAGUUGAAGAUGAAUCCAAGGAGAAUGAUGAUGAAAAGGUGACCAAAGAAACUGUUCAAUCUUUGCAAGCAACUGACAAGAAACCUAAAAACAAAGAAGAAACCAAAGAGAAUUUAGAAGAAGAUGAGGAAGAAGAGAAGGAAAAGGACGAAGAAAAGGAUAAAAAGUUGAAAGACAAGAAAAAAGACAAAGAUAAGAAAGCAGGCAAAGAUAAGGGUAAAGAUAAGAAAAAAGAUAAAGUUAAAGAAGAUACAAAAGAUAAAAAGAAAGGCAAAAAUAAAAAGGAUGAAAAGGAAGAAGGUGAUGAAGAGGAGGAGGAGGAGGAGAUGAUGAAGAAGAAACUGAAAAAGGCAUAUGAAGGAAAGGAAAAAGCAGACAAGAAAGAUAAGAAAACAGACAAGAAAGACAAAAAGGGUAAAGAUAAGAAAGAAGACAAGAAGAAAGAUACAAAGAAGGAUAAAAAGAAAGGGAAGAAAGAUGAUGAAAACGAGGAAGAGGAUGAGGAGAAUGAGGAAGUAGAUGUCGAAGCUGCAAAAUCUAAGAAGGACAACAAAGAUAAAAAGAGUAAAAAAGAAGACAAGAAAAAGGAUGACUCAAAUAAAGACAAAAAAGAUGAAGACUCCAAAGAAGGGGACAAUAAAGAAGACAAAGAAAAUGAGAAGAAGGAAGAAAAGAAAGAAGAUGAAAAACCUGCAGAGCCGCCAAAGAAAAAGUCCAGAACAUGCACCAUCUUAUGAGAAGACAUCAUGUUGGGAUUACAAACAAUGGCAGCAAGUUGUGUGCGAGGCAGAGGCGUAUUUGAGACCUUGACAUAA